UACUGUCACUUUGUACAAUGUCAGUUUAGUUUCAAUCUUACAGCAAGUUUGAAGGCAACGCGUGUUACGGUGUAAGGAAGAAUUAAACAAACACAACUUCAAAAACGUGAACCAAAAUAAUAAUUUGUAAAAAAAAAUUUUUUCUUUGGAAUGGUGGUGUUACUUUAUCAAAUUGUUUUUUGAAGUCCAGUAGUGUGGUGUGCGGAAUGAAGCUAAUUUUUGCAGUGAUCUGUACGCUAGUUCAAUACGCCAAUGGUGUUGGACUAGAAGUGAUCUAUCAGUGGAAAUAUCUUGAUUGGGUAUGGCCAAACGUCCCAUUAACUGGCAGUGAAUUUGUAUUUGGUAAUGCCUUUACGCAGGAUGUUGAUGUUGAUAGAAUUGGUCGGGUCUUCGUAACAAGUCCACGUUGGCUCAAAGGUGUUCCAAUUUCACUUUCCACUUUAUCUAAUCUAGAUGGACCUGGAGGUCCUUUGUUACUUCCAUAUCCUGAUUGGACAUGGUUUGUCCCCAACACUUGCGAAAGCAUCAUUUCUGUCUAUCGAGUUGCGAUUGAUGAAUGCAAUCGACUUUGGGUGGUCGACAGCGGAAGGGCUGAAUCAAAAGCUGUAUGUCCCACAAAGAUAUUGAUCUUUGAUUUGAAAACUGAUCAACUAAUUCAUAAAUUUGUGAUACCAGAUUUUCAAACAUUUUCGGGGAAAGCAUCUUUAGUGACGCCAAUUGUUGAAAUUGGCAAAACUUGCCUUGAUGCAUAUCUCUAUAUAGCAGAUGUUGAACAAAAUGGAAUUGAAAUUUACGAUCUAAAAUAUGAUCGCUCAUGGAGAUUAAAUAAUACAAAAGGAAAUGCCUUUGGUCCUGAUCCUGAAACUGAAGCAAUGUUCAUCACUAUUGCUGGAGAACAAUUUGAUUUAACUGACGGUGUAUUAGGAAUGUCUUUAUCACCACCAGGAUUUUUCGAUAGAAGAUAUCUCUAUUUCAAUUCAUUGGCAAGCUUUUACCAGAAAUUCACAGACGUGAAUUCACUAAAAGAGAGUCUCUAUAGGGAGCCUUUAGUUUUCGAAUCGAUUCAGAAGCGAUCGAGUCAAGCUGGUGUUCAGGCGACUUCGCGACGUGGAAUUUUAUUUUUCCAGCUGGUCCAAAAAACCGCCAUUGCUUGUUGGAAUAUCGAAAAACCGUUUACACCAGAAAACAUUGUCACAAUUGCACAAGACGAGGAAAAACUUCAAUACGUGAGCGGUAUCAAGGUUAUUGUUAACAAGUACGGUGUCGAGGAAUUGUGGUUCAAUACAAAUAGAUUGCAAAAAACAAUAAACAAAACACUCAGGCCAGACGAGAUCAAUUUUCGUAUUAUACGUGGUAAUGUAGAUGAAAUAAUUCGUGGCACUAAAUGUGAACCAAGUGGUUUUAGAACAAGAGCACCUGAUAUCUCAUCAUGGCAACAAAUAUGAUCUCCAAUUAGAAAAAAAAAAAAAAAAAAAACUCGUCAUUAGUCUGAGACUGAUUUUAUUACGAAGCGUUAUAUAUUUAAUCGUUCAUUGUAAUUAUAUUUUUGUAAAUAAAUAAUUCUCUACUAAAAAAAAAAUAUUAUAAUAUUAAUUAUUUUAUUAUGAAUAAUUUUGAUACUAGAAAAAAAAAGGUAGAACUUGUUGCCAUAAUAAAUUUUUUUUUAAAAAUAA